GUUUUCACACACUUGCAAAAAAGACACAGAUUUUAUUAGCGUGGCUGAGAGAAAGAGCAGUUGGGUUGCAGAUGGGUCGGAUAUUUGUGGUGGAGCUAGAGGGAAGGGCUUACAGGUGCAAGUUCUGUAAAACCCACUUAGCCCUUGUCGAUGACAUUGUUUCCAAGGCGUUUCAUAGCCGCAGGGGAAAAGCCUACCUCUUCACCAAUGCGGUGAAUCUCACUGUUGGACCUCCAGAAGACAGGAUGAUGCUUUCUGGAAUGCAUACUGUGGCAGAUAUAUUCUGCUGCUGUUGUGGACAGAUUGUCGGCUGGAAAUAUGAAGCUGCACAUGAGAGAAGCCAGAAGUAUAAAGAAGGGAAAUUUGUCCUUGAAAGAGUGAGGAUAAUUGACGGAAUUGACUCGGAAUUCUAUAUUGAUACCAAUCCCAGCAUUAGUGAUGCAGAAGAUGCUUGAAAUUUGGUUGUGUUGUAAAAAUAAAUGCUUCCUCGACUACAUAAAGGUGUAAAAAAAUAAACUGUCCGGAAGCUGUCUAAAGAUGAGUUGUAUUCUCGGAUUUUGCUGUGUACCAACUUUUUAUGCAAUAAUUCCUAUCACCAGCAACAUACAAGUAAAUAAAAAUGACUCCUAAGUUUACAGA